CGGGAGCCGGAGGCCGGCGCCCCCACAGGGCCUCCGAGCCCGUGGUGUCCCCAGAGCUGCAGAGAGGCCCCCAGGCGUUUGCAGACCAAGCCCGUGCUGGCCUCAGUGGGACGGCAGGGUGUGCCCUGUUUCUCACCUGGUAUUUGGCAGUCGGGCGCGUUCUUCCCACUUCCGCAGCUGAGUCUCGGUGCUGCCCAGGCGCGGGCCUGCUUCCCACUGCAUUUGGUCUCAAACAGCAGCCUCGUGGACGUCCCCGCCUUGUCCUGGUGAAGCCAGGUGUCCCUACGCCCCGGACCCUGAAACGCCACCGUCCCCUGGUGGUCCUUUCUCCAUAGGCAGUUCUUGUGGAGCUUUCGACUUCCGGGGGAGGCGCAGAAGAUCGACCGCAUGAUGGAGGCGUUCGCGUCCCGCUAUUGCUUGUGCAACCCGGGCGUCUUCCAGUCCACAGACACCUGCUACGUGCUGUCGUUCGCCAUCAUCAUGCUCAACACCAGCCUCCACAACCACAACGUGCGGGACAAGCCCACGGCCGAGCGCUUCGUCACCAUGAACCGUGGCAUCAAUGAGGGAGGGGACCUCCCGGAGGAGCUGCUGCGGAACUUGUACGAGAGCAUCAAGAACGAGCCGUUCAAGAUCCCCGAGGACGAUGGCAAUGACCUGACGCACACGUUCUUCAACCCUGACCGCGAGGGCUGGCUCCUGAAGCUGGGAGGGCGGGUGAAGACCUGGAAGCGGCGCUGGUUCAUCCUCACCGACAACUGCCUCUAUUACUUUGAGUACACGACAGACAAGGAGCCCAGGGGGAUCAUCCCCCUGGAAAACCUCAGCAUCAGGGAGGUGGAGGACCCACGGAAACCGAACUGUUUCGAGCUUUAUAACCCGAGCCAUAAGGGCCAGGUCAUCAAGGCCUGUAAAACCGAGGCGGACGGCCGGGUGGUGGAGGGGAACCACGUGGUGUACCGGAUCUCCGCCCCGAGCCCCGAGGAGAAGGAGGAGUGGAUGAAGUCCAUCAGGUGUGCGCCCGGCCCCAGCUCAGAGCCCCGACGGCCCCGGGUCCUUCCUGUGCACGCGGUGCGGUGGGAGAGCGAGUGCGCGCGCGUGGGAGUGUGCACGCGUGGGAGCGUGUAUGCCUGCGCGUGUGGGAGUGUGCCCGCCUGUGAGCGUGUACGCCUGCGCGUGUGGGAGUGCACACGCAUCUGAGCGUGUGUGUAAGCCUGCGCGUGUGGGAGUGCACGCCUGUGAGCAUGUACGCCUGCGUGUGUGGGAGGGCGUACACAUGCGAGUGUGUGAGCCUUCCCGUGGGGGAGUGCGCAAGCGUGCGAGCGUGUACGCCUGCCCGUGUGGGAGUGCACACGCAUCUGAGCGUGUACGCCUGCCCGUGUGCGAAUGCGUACACAUGCGAGUGUGUGAGCCUUCCCGUGGGGGAGUGCGCAAA